UUCUUCUUCUUCUUCUUCUUCUUCAUUAUUUAUAUUUCAUCUUGACGUUUCAAGCAAGCUCGUAAAUCACCAGUUAAAAAUUCAAGCGAUAAUGCUUGGAUAAACGAGCGAAGAAAAAAGAAAGGACAGAAAAAAAGAGAAGAAAAAAAAAUUGGUCAACGGUAAAUGGUCUCAGUUGAAUAUUCUUUGGACACCUUGCAUUUCUUCGUUUACCCUCUCCUAUCAUCUUUAUUAUCGGUGAUGGUUACACGAGGAAGGAAAGCAGAAAUCUUGCAUCAGUCGUCGAUCGAACUUCGCACGAGCAUCGUUGAACUGUUUGUUCCUUCUCUUUCACAAAAUCAAAGAGUCCAGGAAAAAGAAGACAAAGACGAAAACGAAGAACAAGAAAAAGAAAAAGAAGAAAACGAAGAAAUCGAAAUCAAAAUGAUCCUACCAAGUUUGUUCAUUAUCACUUUGUCAAUCCUCUUCUAUUGUAAUGCAGCACCGGCUACUUACGAUCAACGACAGGAUGGCAAAAUGAAUGUUCGUGCCGAUCUAGAUAAUUUCUUCUUCGUUUUCGUAACCAAGGGAUCCUUGUUCAACGAUCUAUCCUUUCUCGAUUUCAAAUCCAUGGCGAGACAAUUGAUGGUCGGUCAGAAAAAUAAGAUAGACAAACAGGACGAGCCAAUAUCGUUGUUAACGAACGAGAACGUAAGUGAAAAUGUUAAAACUGGCAAACCUUACAAGGUCGACAUCGUAAGGAUUCCAAAGAACAACAAUGAGAGUCUUCAGGAUUUGAAAGAAUUGAGAAAGCAGGACGGACGUUUGAACAAUCAAAAAAACGAAGAUCUUGAGUUGACCGAUCAACUUAACAACUCACAAUCUCUUUCCGAGAAUUCAUCAGGAUCUGCUUUGAAGCAGGAGGUCGAAAGGACAUCGUCCGGUCAACAGGACUCGGCUAACACGGUGAACAAACUUCAAUGAACGAAACUGCAACGUAACGACAGAUCGACUGUUGACCCUAUCGUUUAGAAUAAUAUUAGGAUAGAACAUGUUUUUAUAUUUAAUUAUCUCGUCUGUCUGUUUUUGGGUAUAUUGAAUUGAAGUCUUGCAGUUGUUGUGGGAAGGGUGGCAAAAGGGUUGGGAGGUGGAGGGGAAAGGAAAAGAUUUUUUUUUUUACAGAUAGCUUUGUUGAACUCGAACGAAACAAUUACAUUGUAGAUCCGAUUAAAUAAAAGUAUCUAAUCGUCUAUUGAUAAAUAUGUAUUUAUAAAUGAUAUGACGUAUUUUGUAUUUAUUAAAAAAAAAAAAGAAAAGAAAAGAAAAAUAUGUAGGCAUAGAUGUAGUAAUUCUGAAAUUUCUCUAUUCUGUUUUUUUUUUCUUUUUUUUUUUUUUAUAGAAAAAUAAAUAAAUGCAUCGUCAGAUAAAUCGUCGUUGUUUUCUUUUUUUUUUUGCAAAGACUCCUUUCUCAUCCCUUCAUCUUGAUUAUCCUUUUAACAAUGUUACUUAUUACAGCAAAAAAAAAGAAAAGAAAAAGAUAUACGUUUAGUCUUUUUUUUUUUUUUUGAAUCAAGGAACAAAAGAGAAAGAUCGCAAUUUGUUCGAAAAUCCCUUAUGAUGUAAACGCGGAAGUAGAACUGUAUUUCUUCUGUAAAAUUCUUGCGAAUGUGUGUAAGUGCGCACGUGUGAGGAACGUGAGUGCAAGGGCAAGGUUACGGUAAGCGUGGAUGGCUUUAUGUACGAGAAGCACAAGCCGGAAGAAUCGAAGAAACGAACACUCUCGAUGGGGGCCACGUUAGGACGUUGCCCUUUCGCAAAUCAAAUCUCGUUUAUAUCGUUCGAGAAAUGACGAUGACGAUAACGACGACGAUGACGACUGAUUCUCACGUAAUCAAUUUACAAAGGCUUACAAAACAUGUGAUAU